CCGGGUCCGGGACCUUCUCUUUGAGACACAGCGCAGACCAACUGAUGCAGGGAUUGAGUCACAUGAGCGUCGCUCAGCAGUAGUUGAUGUCCUUUAUACACAGGACAUGUGUGUGUAGGAACGCCAAGGAUCUGUCGCAUCUGCAUCCUUCUGACAGCAAGCAUCCCACCACGUCUGAGAAUCCUAGUGGCUGCGUGAACCAAGGCCCAUCCGGAGAACCUACUUCGAAGGUUCAGGCUGUCCCUCCUGAUGUGGAGGAAACUUCUGAUCCUCAAUCAGCUGAUGCUGAUAUUUGCAAUGCCCGUGAAGCUGCGGAACUGGUGGUUGCAAAGGUUCUCGACGCUCCUUCUGACGUGGAGGAAGGUCCUGGUUCCCAAUCGGUGGAUGCUGAACUUCAGGAUGCCCGUGAGACUGCGGAACGCAUGAAACUACUCGGGAAACAUGUCACUUCUGUGGCGUCCGCCAACGAUGCCCUAGCAGGUCUCACUGCCGCAGAUGAUUGCACGUACCUUGUUCUUGGCUGGAUGUGGGAGCCGAAGCAUUUCGGAACGGUAACAGGUCACUCAUCACUUAAUUUCUGUCUGUAUGAAAUAUAGUCCACUCAAUCAUCAUGAUGAAAUUGCAUUCCAGCUGUCACUCCAUACCUCUCUGGUCAUUGUAUCAUAUUAUGCACACGCGACACGAAGAGUCUGUCUGUGAACUGUGUCUGCUCCCCAAAGGCUCC